AUGGAACUGUCGGAGAAAUUACAUCGUUGGAACGUUAGUUGUACUCCUGAUUAUAUACCAUCUGCGAUCGAGAAUAUAGAAAGCUUGGGUACAUUCGGAAUUGCUCUGAUAUCUGUAGGAACUGCAUUUUCGCUGAUAACAUUAUAUUUUGCCAUAGACGCUAUUUACAAUGUUUUUUCGCAAAAAGAAACGGGGCUUUACAAAUCUAACAUCGUUAGUAUUUUCUCGGUAUAUCCAAUAGCGAGUGUUUGUAGUUUGAUGAUAAUAGCGGUACCAAGAACACAACUAUUAUCGGAGGCGAUCAUUCAAGUUUUCUUGACAAUAGCGCUUUAUCGUGUCUUUCUUCUUCUUAUCGACGUUGGCCGACGAAAUCUUGACAAAACUCCCCCGUUAUUGCUAAGAACUGGUCCUUGUUGCUGUUGGCCAUGUUUGCCCUUUCCUAAACUCGAUAUGAUCGACUCUCGUCUGGCCGUCAUUCGAUUGAUCGUUCUUCAACUUCCCAUCGUACAGGGAUUACUGUACUUCAUCAUGCUAAUUGUCGCCUUGAAUGAACAAAAAGUAGAACCAAGUUACCUCAUUUGGUUUCAACCAUUCACAUUAAUUAGUAUAUUAAUUGGCAUAUAUGGUUUAACGAUCACCAACAAGAGUCUCAAUGUCGUUGCUCCAGAAGCCAAGCUGAGGUUGAAGACUUUGGUAUCCCAACUGGCUAUGGUCUUUUCCAAGCUACAAUCUAUUAUUAUCAAGCUACUCGUUAAUACUGGCAUUUUUCCUUGCAGGCCGCCAUUGUCACCAAAAAUUUUUGCCAACGUGACGCAAAGUUCUCUGAUGCUAAUCGAGAUGCUGCUGCUUUGUAUAGCAGCGAGGUGCCUUUAUUACGUUGACCUGGAAAAAAAAGCAGAUUCGUCGAGAACAGAUCGGUCGAAAGACAAGAAUAGAAACGAUUUACCUGAACAACUUUCCAACAAAAUCGCUGUAGUGACCAUCUCUUGAACAAUCGGAACGGUCGUUCCGUUAUUUGUAUCAAGAUCUACAAAUAGAGAGAGAGAGAGAGAGAGAGAGAGAGAGAGAGAGAGAAAGACAGAAAGACAGACUAUUUGUUAAUCAUUCUGGGCCUGAAUGGAAUUCGUGCAAUAUUUCAAUCAAAGCUUACGAAAGAAAAAGUCUUCUUUUAAAUAUUUUUAAGUAUGUAUUUAUAUGUGGAUCGAUUUUUGUCAGAGUACCUUAAAAAGUUGAUCGUUGCCAGAGACAAUUAGAAUUACCUUUCUAUUUUAUACGAUAUAUCCUUAUAUAUAUUAAUUUUCUUUUUACAAUA